UGGAGGUCGUCUCCCCCACCCCGACGUCCUGCAAAGUCAAGUUGAGACUGAAGAAAAAGCCGAACACUCUACUACAUUAAGCCCCGCCCCCUCAGGAUUACAAGCCUCUCCUCCUCUCCCCACCCUCCCCCCUUCCGUGUCCCACUAAGCGGUUUCAGAGCGUGAAGGGACUCGUCCCUACAGCCACGGAUGCACGGUGCAACAUGGCGACAGAGUUUCAUAACCUGCAGGAGUUGAGGCACAGUGCAUCUCUGGCCAACAAAGUAUUCAUUCAGAGAGACUACAGUGAAGGAACCACCUGCAAGUUUCAGACCAAGUUCCCCUCUGAGUUGGAGAGCAGGAUCGAGCGAACACUGUUUGAGGACACUGUGAAGACGCUGAAUAACUAUUAUGCAGAGGCGGAAAAGAUUGGAGGACAGUCCUACUUGGAAGGGUGUCUGGCCUGCGCUACAGCAUAUCUCAUUUUCCUCUGCAUGGAGACACGUUAUGAGAAGGUGCUGAAGAAGAUUGCCAAGUACAUUCAGGAGCAGAAUGAGAAGAUUUAUGCUCCCAGAGGUCUCCUUAUCACAGAUCCCAUAGAAAGGGGAAUGCGUGUUAUAGAGAUCUCCAUCUAUGAAGAUCGGGGCUCCAGUGGCUCCAGCUCAGGGAGCAGCUCUGUGUCCGGCAGCACUGCUCGAUGACUGGAUGCUUCCUAAACCUGCGUCCACCUGAUCACUCACAACCAUGAAGGAAAACCUAGGAUGUAAUACGACUCCUCUUCCAACACCAACCACCCCCUCAGCUACGCUCACACAAAGUAUUCACCAGUUUUUUUCCCCAUCAUGUCCCUAACUUGUUCAGAGUAGACACUUGAAACACGCACUUUAGUGGUUUAUUACGAAAGAAAUGUGCAGGUGCUGAUGCACUUUUGCUAAGAUGUAAUGUCUCAAUGAAAAGGAUGAAAAGAUGCAGCUAGUGAUGCUUUGUGUGAUCCCACCAUUUCUCUCCUUCCUGUCUGAUUUCAAGAUAAAAGGGACGAAGUGCCUCAUCUGCUGUCAUUGUACCACGUAGGCCAGAUCAACCUGGGCUGCACCCCAAACACUGGACCAAACACAAGACUAGACCCCAAAUUCAGCACCUCUUCCAAAUCGGCUCUAAAUCAUGCUGUCUGGCAGCAGAUGAAUGCCAUUUAAGUCAUCCAUAAUGUAGCAGAUCCUCCAUAUUUAUGAUGAAGCUUGUAUUUCCUUUUUUAAAGUCAUAGCCACAAAUCCAAGUACUAACCUCAUGGUUUCAUUGAGCGAGAGCAACUCUUCCUAAAUUUAGAUUAUGCAAAGACUCGUUGUGCGUGAAGCGCAGCAGUAAGUAAAGAAGGGAUGGGUCAGAAAUGUCUUCCUAAAUUAUACCUGUAAGUGUUUAUGAAAAUACACCAACCCUUCCCUGCUUUAUGAACAGACUUCCAAAGAAAAAUAACUGCCAAAAAACAAACUGGCUCACAAAUGUGAAUGUUUCUUUUAUUUUGGUGACAUUUUGUGCAAGAACAAGUUUUCAUACUGCUUAUUGUUUUAAUACACAUGGUAGAAAUGACUGGCGUCAAAUAAACAGUUUCAUCACA